UCACUCGCUGCCUUGUUUUCUCUUGCGCCAUCCUUAUAGCGGGGCUGAGUGCAAAUGAGCCCGGCCUCCCUGCGCUUGGGGCUGGCUGCGGGGUGGGACACGCCUUCUCCGGAGGAGAACAAAACAACCCCGCCGGGAGGGCUUGGCUAGCGAGGCCAGCUCUGGUAGGAGUCAGCCAGCCGGCGGUCGGUCACAGAGGCGCGCACAGCACCAGCCAGGAUGCCAAAUUGGGGAGGAGGAAAAAAAUGUGGCGUGUGCCAGAAAACAGUGUACUUUGCCGAAGAGGUACAAUGCGAAGGCAACAGUUUCCACAAAUCCUGCUUUUUGUGCAUGGUUUGUAAGAAGAACUUGGACAGCACAACAGUGGCUGUACAUGGAGAAGAGAUCUACUGCAAGUCAUGUUAUGGCAAGAAGUAUGGGCCUAAAGGUUAUGGAUUUGGACAGGGAGCAGGGACCUUAAGCAUGGACAAGGGAGAAGGACUGGGGAUCAAACAUGAAGAGCAGCAGCCCCAUUAUCCCACCAACAACCCCAACACCUCCAAGAUAGCACAGAAAGUGGGAGGUGCUGAUGGCUGUCCCCGCUGUGGUCAGGCUGUGUAUGCUGCCGAGAAGGUGGUUGGAGCUGGAAAGUCAUGGCACAAAUCUUGUUUCCGAUGUGCAAAGUGUGGCAAAGGCUUGGAGUCUACUACUUUGGCUGAUAAGGAUGGUGAAAUCUACUGCAAAGGCUGCUACGCCAAGAAUUUUGGACCCAAGGGCUUUGGCUUUGGGCAGGGGGCUGGAGCGCUUGUCCAUUCUCAGUAAAGAGGUGGAUUAGUCACUCUGAAGUCUUCAUUCCAGCAGUGAAUGCUUUACCAAGUGCUGAGCUUAUCCAGACUGACCCAAAAGAUAAUUUCACCAGUUCCUGCAAGUGUAUUAUAUUAAUGCAGUACCAGUACCUGCUGCUUUCCAGUGUUAUCACUGGUCCACCUCCUUGUUUGCUAACUGGCCAAACAAGCAUGGCCCUAUUCUAAAGGCUCUUGAAAGACACUAAAAGGUUUCAAAUUGCUGCAGUUUGCUCAGACGCACCAUAGAUCGCAUCAACACAAUGGCCUCCUUUAGAUUCAUGCUUACAGCCACAGUGGAAGCUAGAACUAGCAAAGAGCAUAGCUCUGUCUGUCUAGAAAAUGCUGCAACAGUUUUCUCAGAUGCUUUUCCACCACUGGGUUGGCAGUUAUAUUCUCUCUUUAAGGAACAAUAAUGUAGUGGGAUAAAGAAACAUGUUAACAUAGUCUUAACAAAAAUUAACAUGCAAAAUAUUGAAGCUGAUCAAAAGUUAUUUUGGCUUGCAAGAAUGAAAAGCGGAAAAGGAUGAAAUUAGUUGGAUGUGCAAGAGGUACAGACAGAGAAGGUGAAAAUAUUUAAGCCAUGUAAAUAAAGCACAUUUCUUAAACUUAGAGGAAUUAACAGAAUAUAUUUUAAUAGUCUUUAAUUUACUGUUACUAGGUUGAUGUGUUCUGUAGUAGCUACUGCUUUAGGCUUCUUUGGGAGAACACGAAGUGUCCAGGAGUGAUGCUACGCAGCUGCCUUUUCCAGUGACAUUGCUACCAUUCCUAGAAGGCAUGCAAGCCCAGAAGGGGCCAGCAAAAGUUGCUGCCUUUGAUUCCAUCUAGCUGUAGCUCUCUUACAGCAACAGGGAACAUUUAAGGAUCUAAAAAUCCAAUUUGCUUUUUAUAUAUGUUUGUCAUUGUUCUUGUCUGUGUCACUUCCUCCUUGAGCAAUAGAAGUGUUUGAUGAGUUUCACUUUUCUCAGUGCAGAGAAAUGGUUAUUCUCUUGUCCAUCAUGGAGGCUUCAGGAUAAUAGGAAAAGCUUUGUCAGUAUUACAUCAGCAUCAGAGCUGCUGGCACUUGAGCUAUCCUUUCCAAACCCAGCCUGCAAAACAGGAUCCAUCCCAUUUCCAGCAAAUGAUUAGCAUACUAGAAGAAUCAAGCUAGUAAUUACACCAAACUACAGCAUACUAUUAGCAGAGAAAAGGAUUUAAGAUGGAUUAGAACCUCCUUUUAAACUACAAAAAUUUUGUGAUAGUUAGAAAGUAAUCUAAAUAAAUUUGUCCAAGGUAUGUUGACACCCUCAGUCCUGUUAUUACAGUUACAUUUGUAAGGCUCCAGGCAAGAUUUGAGCUUUAGGGGCCUUGUUUUCUUUAAAGAGAGGAACUACUCUAAUUGUUUGUUUCUUAAAUUAACAUGGGUUCAUGCAGUGCUAAACCAAUCUGUUGUUAACUGAAUACACACAUCUCUUCCUGUAGGAUGCAGCCUGAAUAGUGUUUUAAUCUCUUCCUUCCUCCUGAGGUGAUUAGCAUGGAAUUAGAUUAAAAUGCUGUUCUUCUGCACACAUCUGUUACAAGCAUGUCAGAGAAAUGUUUCUUACAAGAAUCAUUCAAAGAUUAUUCUAUAUAUUCAAUAAAGCUAUCAGCAGGAAUCA